UAAAGUUUGGAAUCAUGUUUCUGAAGAACCAUCCUGGACAUUUUUAUCAGAUAAACAAAUAAGAAAACUGUUCGUUUUUCAAAGUACAGAUUACAUAGCUGUUCAACUCUGCUGUGUCCAUAUCCUUCUAAUCAGAAUGAGAGUUUUUAUUAUCUUGGCUGCUUUAUUUGCGGCCUCAAUGGCCCAAUUACCAUUGUUUGAACCGCCUAAGACCCACUCUGAAAUCAUGCACAUAAUCGAGCAACAUUAUCUCAAUAGCGUUGGCUCAGACCAUCUAAGUCUUUUGGGCAAGCGUUCGGAAGCUGAUAAAAGAAAUAUCUUCGAUGGCAUCAAGAAGGCUUUGUCUUCUGUGGGAAAUUUUUUCAAGAACCAUGAAGGUGACCUUUUGAAAGCCGCUGAAUCUCUACUGCCAUCUAUUCCCGUUCUCUUGGGAAAGAAAAGUGUUCAAGAUCCAUUACCAAAAUUCAUUACCGAUCUUAUGGCAAUAUUAGAGAAAGAAAAGGAAGUUCUUAAAAAAUUCGGCGAAAGCGCCGAUGAGUCUUUCCCAGAAUUUGUUGAUAAAGUAAACUACUUGGACAGAUUCACCCACACAACUAACCCUAAUGGUUUGGUACGAAGAGGAUUUUUUGACAAUAUUUUGAGUGGUCUUAAGACAUCUGCUGAAUACGUUGCCAGUCAUAUUGGUCAAAUCGCUACCACUGCUGUAACAACUCUCCUACCAACAGCUGUUUCUCUUUUGGGAAAACGAUCUGGUAUCACCGAUAUCCCCGCCCAGUUUGGUGAAUUUGUUAAACAUGGUGUUAUGCAACUUUUCGAAAAGAUCGAAGCGGCUUAUAAGGGAGCUAUGCAGUUAUCCAACCAUUUAUUGAUCAACUUGAAAGAAGGAAUCAAGAGUAUGAUUGAUGGUGGUGAUAUCAAAACUGUUGCCCAAAAAGUUAUUGCCGACCUCACUGCUGAUGUUCAUGCUAUGUUCUCAAAGAACCUUUUUGUUAUUGAUCUUGAAAAGAUGGUUGAAAAUCUGGUUCCUGAAGCUGCUAAAAUGCUGACCCACAUCAACAAGAGAUUUCUUUUAGAUGAUUUAGUUAAUGGAGUCAAAGAUAGCAUCGGUGAUGUUGUUGGUAUGUUAACUAAUGGAUUUGGUGGUUUGAAACAAUUCUUUUCUGGAAUCGUCCAGACAGCUAACAACGCCUUGGCGCCAUCCCUCACCAAUGUCAAGGCCCUUGCCACCACCUUUUUGUCUCACGCUACCCAGGUAACAGCUAAUAUUGCUGCCGAAGCUUUGAAAUUCUUCAAACCAUUCGCCAGUGCCCUGGGUCCAUUAUGGAACCAAAUCAAUGGUCUUGUUACUCCCCUUUUACAAGCUUCCCAAUAAUUUAAGAAGUUAAUGGAAAUAAAAUACUAAAACACAAA